UGAACAAGAAAAGCAUGCUGUAAUUGCAAUGGUUUCAUUUUUGUUUUUUGGACUUUUUCAGAUAAAAUGUAUUUGGCCAGUAUAGUGGGUCAAAUAAGAACGUCAGGGAAUACAAAAAGCUCUGCAGGUAAACUCUGUAUUUUAUAUAAUAGACAACCAAGCUUUGUAAUGUUUUUUCUGUGUAGCAUUUGUUUAAAGUAGACAUGUUGACUUAUUUUUUAGCCUCUACUGCAGAAUCAACCUUCGCCCAAGGAUCCAUUCCUGCAACCAGGCCCCCUCAUUCCCUUACACCCACAGCAACAUUCACACAGUCCUCCAUUCCUGCAACCAGGCCCCCUCAGUCCCUAAAACCCACAGCAACCGUUUCCCAGCCCAGCACUUCAGUGGGAGGCCCAGAGCAGUUUAUCUCCCCAUCUACCCUGUUGACAAGCCAAUGGUCACAACAAGAAAUGGCACACAAGACCACACUUCUACUACUGGACCUUACAAGGACUUAUCAUUCAAUAUAUUUCCGCAAUAAAACUGCAUUUUACCAAAAGGUACAACAAGAAUUCAGAAACAAAGGUUAUACAUUGUCUGCGGAUAAAAUACGAAAAAAGCUGGGAAACCUGCUCACCACAUACAAGAGGGCCAAAGACCGGCGGAGGGCAACUGGAGAGGCAAAAGUCACCUGGGAAUAUUACACACAAAUGGAUGACCUGUUUGGGACAUCAGGGGUGGGUAGUGCACCACCAGGAACACUUUACUCAACACCGUUAUUUCCAGAGAACACCUGUCAGGUGCCCUUAUCCACUGAAAAAGAGCAGUCUUGCAUAUCCCAUACAAAGCCAAACAGUCCUGUGAGCGAGGAGCAGCCUGGUCCCUCUCCAAGCACUGAAAACACUACAGCAACCAGGAGACGGUCAACCAGCCAACCUUCUUUUCAUGAGACCUAUGAGGCCCAUGCUGAAAGAAGGACAGCUGUGUUGGAGUCCCUGGUGCGACCAGACCUGGAAAAGUGGAGAAGGCUGAAGGAAAAGAGGAGAAGAGCAUUUGAAAAAAAAAUGUUAAUGUGUCUUGGACAAAUUAAUGAACAACUAAAGGAACUUUCAAGACAACAAGAAACUAUUAUCAAGCUGUUUGAAAACCAUGCUCAAACAAAAUAAAGUU